AUGGCCAAUUUCAGGCACCUGGACAAGCGAGACUGCAUCGAUGCGUACAUCGACGGUCUCACAGCUAAAAGACCAUUGGUUGUCGUUGCAGCAAACAUAACCGCGGCGCAAAAAUACAACAACACUCUUCUUGCCGGCUGGGUCACCGGGUUGGAUGUCUGGAGCCUUGCACCCUGGUGGAUCUGCGGAGCCUCCAAUCUGCCUGAUUACAAUGGCCUUUACACUCGGGAAUGGCCCAGCACUUUUAGGGUUGCAUCCUAUAAGUUUCGACAGGAUGGCCUAUUGCUUCCAUUUGGAUAUCCACGACAUGAAUUUGUGAAGCCAAACCCAACAUUGUUCCAGACCGUAGGCUACUGGCCGAUGACAGACCGCCCUGAUCCUUUGCAUGGAUGGUCUCUAAAAGAGGUCUUAAGUACUUCGAGUGGAGCUGCCACGGCCGAUAUUUACGGCAAACUGUAUUUUCACCUCCGAAGAUUGCUUGAUGCUUUCCUGAACCGGAUGUCUGAUGCGAAGCUCACCUUCGAAUUUCACCAUAAGGAUACCUCUUUACUUGUUGAUCACCUCGACAGGAAUUCUUUCGACCGAAUCGAGGGAAGCUGGGUAUUUGGCAUGUCCUUCUUCAGAGGAACUCUUGCUUCGAUCUCCCACGCACAACCCGCAUGCGGCCCGUAUAACCCUCUUAUCAAACGUCAUCAGGAAGACCGCAACUCUGCAAGAUCAUCUCCAGCUAUUUUCAGACACCCAGAUCGAAGAACGUUUACAGAAGUACCUACAUUUGAGCAAAGUUCCGCCAUUAUCUCUUUUGACCUAUCGUCUAUGAAGCUUGCCGCUGCCCGGGGUUUUAUGGCCUCGUAUGACUAUGUCUUCGAAAGAUUCUUAAAAGAAAAAUGGCUUCCGGAGGGCGCGGAAACUGCGUUCAGCGUGACUAUGAAAGAUCGCCAUACAAUCAUUGAGAAGUGGCCCUUUCAAUUGAAACUGCGCCCCGGCGACGAAGGCGCCCAAGAAGAGUUCGAUCUCGGUAUGAGGCAAUGGACUACCGGAAAGGAGCGUUUUAUUGAGUGGAAGGGAGUGUAA